AUGGGGUGGAGGGAAGGCCAAGGCAUCGGACCUAAGGUGCGUCGCCCAGCACGACUGCACGAUACCGAAGCCGUCAGUACGCACGUGCCAGAAUCGCACCUGUUUGCACCUGAUGACGUUGCCGUCGUGAGUGUCAUCCGUAAGAUCGACCACCACGGCCUCGGAUAUUCAGCCAUGUGCGCUCACGACACGCACGAGCCCGCCGGCUUUACUCGCCGAACAAGUGAGGAAGAUGUGCUCAACACCGACGGUUUUGGGAUGAAGGAGACAAGCCGCUCCCUGAUGGGUGGCAGGUCUAAGGACACAAAAGGCCAUGGUGGUGGCAUGGGGUUCGGCAUCCUCAAUGAUAACGGUUCUGAUGAUGACGAUGGGUACCAGAUGGCACCUAGGAUUUCUCGAAUUAGGACUCUGACGGGCUCGAAGAAGAGGAAGAAGAAGAAGUUGCCGUCAGGUACAGUCUUGGCAAACCCGGCCCUUGGCUCUAAGCCAGCAUUCAAGUCACAACCGAUAAUACUCAAGCAAAGGGAUGGCCGACUUUGCCGAGAUGGUUCAUCACCACUCCCAGGGUUUGUGCUGGGUGACAUAACAGUUUCUUCCGAAUCCUCUGGUUCUUCCGGUACAGUCUCUGAUCCCCCAAAUGUUCCCCAAGGAUGGAGAUCAUCUAAGCACCAGUCAAGUGAGGCAGGUGAGGCUCCAGCUGGCAUGCUUAACGUACUUUCAAGUGCAGGGAACUCAACUGUCCACGACCCCCGGUCUCGUGCGCUUGCUCUAGGGGAGGUUCCGUUACCAGGGAAGUCGAUAUUCGAUUUCCUGUCUACCGCAGCCCGCGAGCGCCUUGUGGCAGCCUCGGGUCGGACGAAUCUACCACCCGCUGGUGGCGAAACCGUACUGGCUCAAAGCAGCAAGGACUGUCACGAAGACUCUAACACGCGUCAGAGGCUUCCAGUGUUAGAUAAGGAGACGGCCGUCAUCGCCAUCGAAAGGGGCAAAGGUGCUCGGGGCCCAUAUGCGGAUGACGAAGAAAAACAGUCACGAUACAGAGCUUACCUAGCACAUUCUGCGGGCUUGAUCUCUGAUCAUCCAGCGAAGCCUAACUCGCUGGGCUGGAGAGAGUUCGCCCAAGAGCAACAGGAGUUCUACGGAUGUGCCCAAUUAUUCAGACCCAUGACAGGCAUCAUGGCAACACGAUUUACAACAUCUACUCUGAACCAUGUGUCGUCCGAUCCCAAGAAUACGGUCGAAUCUAGCAGACGGUCACCGGUGCCCAACGAAUCUCAACCGCUGGAUGGUGCAGAACAAGCAGCUCGGUUGGGGCUCUAUGGGCAGUUGACAAGAUCGGGGCAGGAUUUCUUCCCUACCAGACUUCUUUGCAAAAGGUUCAACGUGCCAUUUCGAGACCCCAGUCUUGUUGGUCUCGAACCGUUCCAGGCUCGAUCUACUGUCACCCUGUCAUCUCUAAACAUAGGGCAUUUUCUAGAUGAUCGCAAAGAGGAACCACUGAGCAAUGAGGACAUUGGCAGCCUCUUAUCAACGAGACCUUCUGAACCUAUCGGCAGCUAUGGGUCUUUACUUCAGGAACCCAGGACCGCGGCAGGCCUGAACAGCGAUGGUACGACGCAGAAGAAACCGGACGAAGACGUUUUCAAAGCCAUAUUUGGCGACGACAGUGAUUGUGACUAA